CACUUCACGUUUCCUCCCUUGCAGAGGACGUUUGGGGUCAACUGUUUCCGAGAUUUUGUGCCCGUAUUUGACCUCAAAACACCAGUAUAAUGCAGCUUGCCGCGCUUAGGCACCUGCCUCGACUAUCUGCGACUACCGUUCUGAAGGCAUCGCUGCCGACAGCGUCAACACGCACGACGAGUACCCAACCUACCUUCACUAAAGAUGGCCGCGAAAUCCUUCACGUCCCCAACGAGCCUCCUGAAAGGGACCUGGUGAACUUUCCCCGACUCAAGAGGCCACUGUACCCGGGCAAAGUUCGAAUGGGCUUCAUUCCGGACGAAUGGUUUCAAGUGUUCUACAACAAGACAGGCGUCACCGGCCCCUACCUGUUCGGCACCGGCUUGGUCGUCUACCUGUACUCCAAGGAAAUCCUCAUCAUGGAACACGAGUUCGCCUCCGGUCUUACUUUGGCUCUUAUGGCGUGGUAUGCCAUCAAGAAGUUCGGACCCGGGGUGAGGGCCUACCUGGAAAAAGAAGUCGAUAAGGAGGAGCAGGAGAUCGACAAUUAUCGGUUGAACGGUAUCGAAACAUUCAAGGAGUCCAUCAAGAACGAAGAAGUCGCCCAGUGGCAGGCACAAGGACAGCACUACCUUUUCGAGGCCAAGCGCGAGAACGUGGCACUGCAGCUCGAGGCGGAGUUCCGUCAGCGCCAGAUGACCGUGUACACGGAAGUGAAGAAGAGGCUCGACUACCAUCUCGAGGUACAGAACUUGACACGAAGGCUCCAGCAGAAACACAUGGUCGACUGGAUCGUCAACAACGUCCUCAAGAACAUCACACCACAGCAGGAGGAGAGUGCAUUGCAAAAGUGCAUCGUUGACCUCAAGUCCCUGGCGGCCAAGGCCUGAGCAGGUGGCGACGUCUUAUUGGCUCGUGUAAGGAAGCACUAAUAAAGGAUUCGUGGUUAGUCA